AUGUCGAUUUCGACCUUUUUCGGCUGUAGGAUUUCGGUUCCGCCAUUGGUGAAUCCAUCUGCAAGAAAUGCUGCUGCUCCAUGUUCCGGCGGGAGUUUGGUGAUUGAAUGCUCGUCGAGGCCAAACAAGAAGGCGACUGCACAUCACAUGAAAACGAGGCCACGGAAGUCUCAGCCAUGGGACAUUAAGCGCAAGCCGACUGUGUAUCCUCCUCUGCCGAAUCUUCCACCGGACUGGACUUUUGUUUCACCAGUCUCUGGCGAUGGUAAUGUGGAGGUAGCUUCUUCGAUUGCUUCAUCGGAACAAGCACCGUCUACUAGCGAGUAA